AUGCCUUCCACAAACCAACCCGUCCAUGGCAACUUUCACGGGUACUACGCAAAACGGCCUUUCCUCUCAGAUCCUCGGCUAGCGGCUCUUCCCCAAUCCCUCUUCGAAGGAGCCCGUGUGCUGGAUGUUGGGUGUAACGAAGGCUGGGUAACGUGUGAGAUCGCGCAGUCUAAGGGCGCAAGGAGAGUGGUGGGCGUAGACAUCGACGAUACCCUCAUUCGGGCAGCAUGGAAGCGGAGGCGCUACGUCUGGAGUCUGCAGGAGCCUGCGCACGAUGACGCUGCCGAACGGGAAGAACCUGGUUCGUCUGUGCCGAAGAAACGCAAGCUAGAUGGAGAGGCCGGUCGCGAGGAAGCGCAUCAGCUGCAAGCAAACUACUUCCCUGCAUCGUGCCAACACAUGUUUGGUCCGCUCCCCAUUCCUCCACAACGACGCGAAUCCGAUGUAGAGCAUCACCUGUUCCCCCACAACAUUACUUUCUGCACAGCGGACUGGGUGAACAAAGAGAUCCUGGAAGAUAGGGAGGGCUAUGACAUCGUUCUCGCAUUAUCAGUGACAAAAUGGAUUCACCUGAAUGGAGGAGAUGAAGGACUAAUGCGCUUCUUCCGACGUGUUUACUCUGUGCUCAAGCCAGGCGGCACAUUCGUGCUAGAACCGCAAGAAUGGCACAAUUACGCGAAGACGAAACGCAUGGACCCUAAACUCAAGGAAAAUGCGAAAAGCCUCAAACUGCGCCCGGAUGAUUUCGAGCGAGUUUUACAAGACGUUGGUUUAAGCCCCGCAGAGCACUUGGGAAAGAUAGGUGAAGGCGGGUUCCGACGAGCAGUUGACGUUUAUACCAAACCAGCGUGA